AUGACCUCAGGCGUUCUGUGUUGCGCGAUAAAACAUCCAGCCACUCUGUAACUGAUAAAAACUUAACCGCUAUUGAAAUUGAGCUUGUUACGUGUGGUGAACAUUCAAGGACAGGCGCAGUCGGAUCCUUUGGAAGUUGCGUUAGGAAAAUGAACCCUAACUACUAAAGGAUAACUUUGUUUUUAAUUAAAAUUGGAGCGCAAAACCACGAAGGAUUUGUAGAUUUUAAGCAAUGAGGAAGACGACGAUAUGAAAAUAAACAUCGCAAUAAUAAUGUAACUAUGAAAAGAAUUUUUCGUUGUGCGGCAAAAAGUAAUGAAAAUGGCAUUAUCCAAUUUAUUUCGUUGUUGCUUUUUUUGCUUCCGAUUUACCGAGCUCAAAAUACCCUGGAGUGCACCGAGUUGAUAAGGAAUAAUAAAUGUUCAUGUUAUACAUUUGAAGAUGCUACUUAUCUUGAUUGUCAAGAUACAGUCAUAAAGAAUAUUAAAAAUGCUCUCAAAAGAGUAACAAAUGUAUAUUCUUUUUCUAUUUACGAUCUCGACGGCAGCGAAGAAGCUUUGGGACCACAUUUUAUACCGCAAGGCGCUUGUAUCAAACAUAUACACAUAUCGCGAACUAAUAUAAGAGACAUGGACGAUGAAACAUUUAUGCCACUGAGAAAGUGCCUUGAAACAUUAAGCAUUGUAUCCAGCAAAAUUAAAUUCAUACCACAAAAAGCACUCUCCGGCAUGCUAAAACUAAUGUCUCUUGAUUUAGUUUCAAACAAUAUUGAAGAAAUUCAAAGCUAUAGUUUUUAUGGCCUACCAUUAGUAAAAUUAAAUAUUAAAGGAAAUAUAAUUCGGCGCGUAUCUGAUACUGCAUUUAUAACUUUAGAGUCGACACUUUCUGAAAUAGAUCUUAGUGAAAACAAUCUUACGUCAUUCCCAAUUAUUUCUUUGGCCAAUUUAAAACAUCUUCGAACGUUAAAAUUAGCUUGGAAUGAAAUACAUUCAAUCGAAAACUUAGAAAAUUCUAAUCUUUUGUCCUUAGAAUAUUUAGAUUUGGAUUCCAACAAUUUUGAAUUUAUUUCUGAAGACUGCCUUAAAUUUAGUCCGUCCCUACAAGUGUUAUCAUUUCAUUUUAAUUUUAUUUCUAACAUUCAUCAUCGAGCAUUUUAUUCACUUAUUAAUUUGAAAUCAUUAGAUUUGAGUCAUAAUAGAAUCAAAGUAUUACAUAUAAAUCUUUUUCAAAACAAUAAAAAAAUUGAAUUUAUAGAUUUAAGCCAUAACCAUUUGCAUCAUAUUCAUGGCCUACUUUGCAAUAUGCCGUCUCUUAGUAGAGUAUUUUUAAGCCAUAAUAAUAUACUUGAAGUGCCAAUAGAUUCUUUUUUUAAUUCUAGUAAAAUUAGUAUAAUACACUUAGAUAAAAAUUGCAUACAUACUAUAAAUAGUGAGAGUUUUAGUGACUUAGAAAAUUUAGAAGAGUUGCAGAUAGAUUUCAACUAUUUAAAUCAAGUGCCACAUAGUAUUUUGUCAAACAAUAAGAAUUUAACAAAAUUAAGAUUAGACAAUAAUAAAUUUAGUGAUUUAAAUAAUAACACAUUAGUUUCUCUAAUAAAUCUGAAAGAUCUUAGAAUUAAUAAUAACGAGCUCAAACAUAUUGCAAAAAAUAUUUUUAACAAUUCAAUUUACUUAGAGGAAAUUCAUUUAAACCAUAAUAAAAUAACUUCCAUUGAGUCUGGGACUUUUGAGAAAAUGUCGAAUCUUAAAUUUAUAGCAUUACAUAAUAAUAAACUAAUAGAUAUCGACAAUAUAUUACCCAUAAAUUCUCAAUUAACAUUACUUUUUCUCGAAUUCAACCAAUUAUCUUCUAUAAGUCAUGUAGUACUGGGACCACAAAGAAGGCUACAUCAACUGAACUUAAAAAAUAAUCACUUAAAAUUUUUAUCAAAAGCAACGUUCAGUAAUCUUACGUACCUCACGCGAUUAGAAAUGAGUCAUAACGAACUUUUAAUAAUCGAUGAUUUUUCGUUUCAACGUUUGAAUUCAGCGCGAUAUUUAGACUUGCAGCAUAAUAAAAUUAAAAAUAUAACAUCUUAUACUUUUUUUGGUUUAAGCGAAUUAGAAGACUUAGACCUUUCAAAUAAUAAAAUAGUUUUUAUUUUUGAUAUGGCUUUUAAUACUUUGAAGAAACUAAGAAGCAUAAAUUUAUCUUUUAAUCCCUUAAAAAUUCUUAAUAAAAACCUAUUUCAGCAGGGAUUGCCCCUAAGUUCUCUGUUAUUAGAUAAUUCAGAAAUAGAACUAAUAGAAAAUGGUACUUUUCAAGGCUUAAACAAUUUAAAAUAUCUUUCCCUUCGGAACAAUUCUCUAAAAUCUAGUGAUUUAAUGUGUCUUGACAUCCCGGGCUUAAAGUAUUUAUCACUAUCAUAUAACAUUCUCGAUCAUUUACCUGUAGAAACAUUUUUAAAUCUUCCACUUUUAGAAAUCCUUUUACUGGAACACUGUAAUAUAGAGAAAAUUAUAGAAGGUAGUUUCAUUAAUAACAAUAAUCUCUUUAAAAUAAACAUUGCACAAAAUAUUAUCAGUGAUAUACCGGACAAGUUAUUUAGUUCAUUUAACUCAAUUACUGAAUUAAAUAUUAGUAACAAUUUUUUAGAUUAUAUACCAUACAGUAUGUUGGAUAACUUCACUUUAAUAGAGACACUUGAUAUAGCCGAUAACUUAAUACCUAAAAUUGAAAUAAGUGGUUUAGAGAAACUUACCAAAUUAAAGUCUUUAAUAUUACGUAAGAAUGAAAUACAGACAAUUUCGUGUAGUAAAAAAAUUAUACUAAAUGAAUUAAUACAAUUUGACAUUAGUUUCAACAGACUAGACAAUUUACCUGAAUUUAUAUUUGAUAAUUUUCCAAAUAUUCAAAACAUUAAUAUCUCACACAAUAACAUAAUGCACUUCGAUUUUUUACUUUCUUAUAAAAAGGUAGGGGUAUCAUUGAUCAAUAUAGAUCUAAGUAAAAAUCCAGCAGUAAGUUGGACAUCAACAAGAAAAGUAGACAAUAGUACCCUUAUAGACAGUUUAUAUGAACUACACAUUAGCUUAACAAAUCUGACAAAUAUUGAAGAUAUCACGUUUGAAUUAUUUACAAAUUUACAACAUCUUUAUUUGCAAUUUAAUAAGAUUCGACGUUUAUCGAUAAGCCCAUUCUCUAAAUUAGUUUUUCUUGAGAGUUUAGAUUUAAGUUUCAACAGAAUUACUCAUUUAAAAACAAGCAACUUUCGUGGUCUAAUUAAAUUAAAUUCAUUGUGUCUUUCUAAUAACAAUAUAGAAUCUAUGGAAUCUUUCGAUGAAGAUUUAAGUAAUCUGAAACUUUUAGAUCUUUCGUAUAAUAAAUUACAAAAUAUAAUAAAUGAACAUUUAAUUAAUUUAAAAGAAUUAACGGUCCUAAAUCUAUCUUUCAAUAAUUUAAAGUAUUUAUCAGCUACAGCAUUUAAUAAUUUAAAUAAAAUAAUUCAAAUCGAUCUGGAACACAAUAAACUUCAAACUAUACCUCUGGAACUUCUUACGUCAAUAGAAACUCACAUUCAAGAUAUAUUAAUAAAAGAUAAUAUAAUUAUAUGUCGAUGUCAAAAGAAUAAUACCUGGACUUGGAUACAAGAUCACCCAAAAAUAUUUAAGUCAUACGAAGUGAUUUGUUUUAACGAAGAUUAUCCGAAAGAAAAAUGCGAUUUUCCUUUGAUCGUUCAAUUGUCCAUUGACAAACAUAAUGAUAAUUCUAUUUUAUUAACAUGGUUAAUAAGAAAUCGUACAGCGAUAAAGGCUCUUAAAAUUUUGUAUUACAAUGAAAACCUAGACUCCGAUGUAAAACUGAAAGAUGUUGAUAAAAAUUCAAGUUCGUUCCUUAUAACUAAUCUUCUACCAAAUAUGAAUUACAUUGUAUGCGUCUUAACCGUGUAUGAAAAUACGAUGAUAAAUAUCGAUGAAGAGAAUAUAUCAGUGAUUAAUGAAACAGAUCACGGAUUAAUCAACAUUACGUCGAAAAUGAGACGCAACAUCGCGGCCUCUAUAAUCGCGCAAUCACCAGCUAGUGAAUGUGUUUCUUUUGAUACGAACAGAAAACCUUUAGCUAAAAUUAAAACAAAUAAGGGAUUCAAAAUGUCUUCUAUUUUAAAUAGACGCACUGGUUUAAUUGUAGGUUGUUGUUUAGGUUUUGUAGUAUUUUUUGUCAUGGUCACUGUUUUAUUAUACACUAAGUUUAAAGAAAGAAAACGUAUAGCCAAAUCCGAUCCAGCUUGGUCAGAAAUGAAUGACUAUCAUUCUCUGCAGAGUAAAGAAGAUAUUUUACAGCAUUCAACGACAGCCUCUACGGAUAAUAUCUUAUUAGGAAUGACAAAAAAUCGCAAUAUAUCUUUCGAAAAGAUAAAGUAAAUUUGAGAAUAGUGUUGAAUAUUCAAUUUUGACUCGCAAUUAUUAUCGUUUAGUUAUAUAUUGAUAGAUACAAUUUUUAAAAUUAUGACAAUAGAUGCUGUAAAAUGAUUACUUU